AUGACUGCCACCCCGCCUCACCCCUCGCCUGCGCCGCUCACAAAACAGGACAAGAGCCGGCGAAAGAUUUCUCUGCCAUGGUUCCGGCAGAGUUCCGUCACCUCGCCACAUGCGUCUCUAACGCGGCAGCACACCAUAGACACGCCGAGCUCUUUCCAUGCUCGUCUCCUUAAGGGCAGCCGCCGGCAGGCCGGUCCGGAGAUGACAUGGGUUGUCGCAGACCACAUAUCUGGAGGUGCCGGCGAGCUGACAGUCUCGAAAGGCCAGCAGGUAGAAGUGCUAGAGGCAUGGCAGGCAAGACUAGAAUGGUGGGUUGUGAGGAUUCAUGGCGACCCUCCACAAGAGGGUGCUGUGCCAGCCCAAGUUCUGAAGCCGCAACCACAUCAAAAAACUUCACCUUCGAGACAACCUUUGGGUACUGGAGAUGAAGCCAUCGGUAAGUUGCUGAAUUUCACAGUUAACAAUACCAGCGAUCUUCUGAUAGUAGUAAAGUUGAGAACUCUGCAGCUGCUACACAUAAUUGACACAUUAUUUUGUCUAGCAGAAAAUCAGACUUUUACGCGAAUCAAACUAAAAACGUUUUUUAGCCCGGGUCUCUAG